GUAGAGCGCAGGCGCAGAGGUGGGAAGUGGGGGUGUUACGCGCCCCUGACUUCGCUUGGGCUGGUUUGUCCCCAUGGCGGAGGGGGAGAGAACGUGCGUCUGCGCGCUAGUUGGUGCAGCCCCCGGUCCUCAGAGACAGAGACAGCUGGAUGAAGCUGCGUGGCCAAGAGGUAGCCCAGGCUCCAGUUCUGUUGGAAAGUGAAGAUAGAACUCUGAGAAAAGACUAGUCCUGAGGCCUUUCCUCUGACUGGGUCCAAGCCAGGAGAGUGCAGAUCUUGGAGCUGCCUUCGUGGGAGUGGUCCAUGAUUAUCGAUGUCUGGGAUGAAGACACACAAGGAGAAAGCUCCACCUUCUGGAGACCAGAACACGAAGGAGGAUCAUAAGAGAAGAGGUCGUAAGAGAAGAGCAAGUGCUGCAAUCUACUUAGCCAGAAUUCAGGGACUGGUGACCUUCGAAGAUGUGUCUGUGGACUUCUCCCGGUCUGAGUGGAAACAGCUGAAACCUGCUCAGAGGGACUUGUAUAGGGAUGUGAUGCUGGAGAAUUAUAAGAACCUGGUCUCCCUGGGGCUUCAAUCUUUUAAACCAGAUCUGAUCUCCCGGCUGGAGCAAGGGGAAGUACCAUGGAUUCCAGCAGGCCAUGUUCCAAAAGAUUCCCUUCAUCACAAGACUAUCUGUGGGACCAAGAAGUCAUCUCCAAAGCAGAAUCUCUGUAUAAAAGAAUCCUCUAAGAAAAGAUUCACAAAAGAUAAUUCACAGGAUUCAAAGCUUAGAAAAGUUUCAGGAGGCAAUAGCAAGCCAGAGAUACAGAAGGAAAAGCUGGACAAACAAUCCAAGAAGGAAGCACUCAAUCACAGCAAAACUUCCAGUGAGUCAAAGGUACAUAAUUGCAAUACAUUUGAGAAAAAAUGUAGUCCAGUGUCAAUACCUACUUCACGACAGUCAGUUCCAGUGGAAAGAAGUGCCCAUAAAUGUGAUAUAUCUAGAGAGAGCUUCUUCAGGCAGCUUUCAGAACUAAUUAAACAUAGCAAAAUCUCCUUUGGGAAAAAUAUUUGUAAAUAUAAUAAUGAUAAGCAAACUUUCAAUAACCGCACAGAUUCUACUCAAAACCAUGAAGGACGUAAUGGAGAAAAAGUUGGUAAAGAUAACAAAUGUGGGAAGGAUGACAUGCCCAGGAAACCCCACACUGAACAGCAGAGAAGCCAUAGUAAAGAGAAACGCAAUAGAUGUAAUGAAUGUGGGAAAACCUUCACACGAAGCACAGGACUUUCUGAACAUAAAAAAAUUCAUAAUGGAGAGAAGCCCUUUGAGUGUGAUGAAUGUGGGAGGGCCUUCACAGCAAAGGGAAGACUUAAUGAACAUCAGAAAGUUCAUACAGGAAAGAAGCCUUAUAAAUGUCAUGAAUGUGGGAAAGCCUUCACUGGAAGAGGACGGCUUAAUGAACACCAGAAAGUUCAUACAGGAGACAAGCCCUAUGAAUGUAAUGAAUGUGGGAAGGCCUUCAUACAAAAGGGUACACUUCUUGAACAUCAGAAUGUUCAUACUGGAGAGAAACCCUAUGAAUGUAAACAAUGUGGGAAAGCCUUCAGACAGAGGGGACAACUUCGUGAACAUCAAAAAAUCCAUACUGGAGAGAAACCUUAUAAAUGUCAUGAAUGUGGGAAAGCAUUCUCAGGAAAGGGACGACUUACUGAUCAUAAGAAAAUUCAUUCAGCAGAUAAACCCCACAAAUGUAGUGAAUGUGGGAAAGGUUUCAUCCAAAAGUCACACCUUACUGACCAUCAAAAAGUUCAUACAGGAGAGAAACCUUAUAAAUGUAAUCAAUGUGGGAAAGCUUUUAUAAAGAAGGCACUGCUUAAUGGGCAUCAGAAAAUUCAUACUGGAGUGAAACCCUAUGAAUGUGAUCAUUGUGGGAAAGCCUUCACACUGAAAGGACGACUUAAUGAGCAUUUGAAAAUCCAUACUGGAGAAAGACCCUAUGAAUGUGAUCAGUGUGGGAAAGGUUUCAUAGUGAAGGCACGGCUUACUGAGCAUCUGAAGAUUCAUACUGGUGAGAAACCUCAUAAAUGUGCUGAAUGUGGGAAAUCCUUUACACAAAGUGGACAACUUACUGAACAUCUGAGAAUUCAUUCUGGUUUAAAACCUUUCAAAUGUAGUCACUGUGGGAAAGCCUUCACACAUAAGGGACGACUCAGUGAACAUCAGAAAAUUCAUACUGGAGAGAAACCCUAUGAAUGUAGUCAGUGUGGCAAAGCCUUCACACAAAGUGGACAACUUAAUGAACAUAUGAAAAUUCAUACUGGAGAGAGACCAUAUGAAUGCAAACAAUGUGGGAAAGCCUUUACACGGAAGGAAAGACUUAGUGAACAUCAGAGAAUUCAUACUGGAGUGAUACCUUAUGAAUGUAGUGAAUGUGGGAAAGCCUUUACACGGAAAGAAAGACUUAGUGAACAUCAGAGAAUUCAUACUGGAGCAAAACCCUUUGAAUGCGGUGAAUGUGGAAAAACCUUCAGUCGUAGGACAUCCUUUUUUUAUCAUCAGAAGACUCAUGCUACAUAAAAACCUUAUGAAUGUAAUGCAUGUGGGAAAAAUCUUUGGUCAUAGGAUAUCUCAUGUCAUCAGAGAAAUCUUACUAUUAAAAACUGUGAAUGUAAUGAAUGUGGGAAAUCCUACAGCAAUAGCUCAAAACUUUAAAAAGUAUAAAAUAAUUUAUAUCAGAGAGAAUCUCUAUGAAUGAAAGUAUAUGAAAUGUAAUUUUAUUAUCAAGUUGUUCACACUGGAGAGAAACCAUAUGAAUGUAGUGCAUGUGAUAAAGCAUUCAGCGACAACUGAAACCUUAAGAGCCAUCAAAAAACCUAUGGUGAAGGGAAGUCUAUAAAUAUAGUGAAUCAAAGUCAUCAGCAACAACUUGAGUGCUAUAUAAAUCAUCUGUGAACUCAUAUAUUCUUACAAAAGAUGAGUGUAAUGAAUAUGUGAAACCCUUCAAACAAAUAUGAUGGCUUAUUAAAUUUCAAAAUUCAUACUGGAGAAAAACUAUAGAUGUAAUGGUUUCCUAAUCUUGUGCUAACCUUGCAUCCCUGGUGUUUUUAAAUCCAACUAGAACAUAAUGGGCAGUUUGGGGAUAUAUAGAUGUAAUCUCCAUUAAAUGUUAUUUAAACAUUUUGCAUCAGUAUAUUAAUCUUUAGUUUUUUUCUCUGCUUUAUCCCUUCCUGGUUUAGGUAUCAGGACCAUUUUUGUCUCAUAAAAUGAGAUUGGUAGAGUGCCUUCUUUAUUAUUGAGGAAAGUUUUAAAAUUGCCCCUUAAAUAUGUUUUUAAGAAUUCAUUUGCUAUCCAUUUGGACCAGUAAUGUUUGGUAGCUCAAUUAUGGCUCAUUCAACUUCAAUAUUUAAGACUGGACUAUCUGGCACCUCUAUUUUUUGUUUUGGUAAUAUGAUUAAUUUAUAUUUUUGUAAAUGACCCAUUUUCUUUAAAUUUUCAGUCUUUCCAGCCUCUUCAUUGUGUAUAGUAGUUUCUUUUAAUAUUUUGUCUGUUCAUUAUAAAUUCACAUUGGUUAUUUUCAUUUUGGCUAUUUGAUAUCUCUCUCUCUCUUUCUCUCUCUCACAUACACACACACACACACACACACACACACACAUACACACACACACACAACUUAGCUAAUGGCUUAACCAGUAAUAUUUGUCCUGACCUGUGAUUUCAUUAGUGUGGGAAACUCCUGAAAUGAAAAUUCUUUGCACUAGUGAACAUCAGCAAAUGUUCUGUAACUUACAAUCCUAGAGUGGCUUAGAGUCCUGGAGAGGUUAACUGAUUUGUCCAUGGUCACAACCAAUAAGUGUCAGAGGCCAGACUUGAACCCAGGUCUUCCUGACUUAAAGUCUAGUCUUUUAGCUGCCUUCCUGAUUUUGUUAUUCUUUCUUCCAUGGAAAACAUCUCUAAUUACUUCAGUGGAUUCUCAAAUCGCAUAAAAUUGAGGCCGUUAACCAUCUUGGUUGCCUUCCUCUAGAUACUCUCUCAUUUCUUCCUCUUUGCCCAAUUAUUUGCUUUUUAUCAUUACUGGACAUCUUUAUACUAUUCUUUUUUUAAAAUUUCAACAUACAUAGAUGUUGCUUUUUAUAGUUUCUAAUUUAAAAGUUGUAUCUAGACACUUUUCUUACUCUUCCCUUUCUCCAAUUUUGACCAAGCUCCUUGGUAUCAAAUGAAGAUUUCCCCCAGAAUAUGUUCUUUAUGACCCUGGUAUUAAUCCUUAAACUCCAUCCAUCAUUCUUGUGUCUUGAAUCAUAAUACCAAAAGUCAGACUCCUAUUGCUUGCUGCCAUGUUAGCCAGCUAAUCAUUAUCCAUAUUCUCCUUUAUCAUUGUAGUCUUCAUUUGGAAAUAGUGAAGCAAACCUUCCUGUAAUACAUUUCAACAAAUGAUUAGAUUUACCAUACAUUUAUUAAGGGUCUACAAUGUUCAAGAAAUUGUUUUAGGGGCUAAUGAUACUAAGAUAAAUAUACAAAACGGGUUCUGCAUUCAGAGAGGCAGAAGUGGGGAAAGGACAGGUAUACCAAUAACUAUGAUAAAAGGGCGAAUUGCAUGUACAAAUGAAAGAUCUAGGCAAAAUAUUAAGAGAGCUUGGAGGAGAGAAAUCACUUCCACCUGGAUAAGAAGGGACAAUCUGGGCUUUCUCUAGGGGCAGCUCAAUAGGGCAGUGGAUAUAGUGCUGAGCCAGAAGUCAGGAAGAUCCAAAUUCAAAUCUUGCUUUAGAUGCUAUCUUUGUGACCCUAGACGAGUCAUUCAACUUGUCUGCCUCAGUUUCCUCAACUGUGAAGUGAGGCUUAUAACAGUACCUACCUCACAGGGUUGUUGUGAGGAUCAAAUGAGAUUAUAUUUGUAAAGUGCUUUGCAAACAUUAUAAUACUAUAUAAAUGCUAGCUUUUAUUAUGCUUCAUAGAGAAGGUGGUGUCUGAAUUCAGCCUUGAAGGAAAGUAGUACUUAAACAGGUGGACAUAGUGGGGGACAAGGAACAAGUUCAUGCUGUGGAUGAGAAUUUUGGGGGUCAAGUCAUGGAGAUGCAAAAAUACAAAACAAGAAUUGGGCCUGAAACUUAAUUCCAUUUGGUGGUGAUAUUGGGAUGCAAAAAGGAGGACAGGAUAAAAUAGGAUUGCACAAGCAGGUUGGAACUCGAUGGUAAGUGACCUCAAAUGCCAGAAUCAAAGAUUCAGCAAAUAGUGGGAAAUCGCUGAAUGCUUUUGAGUAGAGGGUAAAUCAGCUCUGUUCAUUAUAUGUGCAGCAUGGCAGAUUAUUCAGAGAGGAGAUAGGCAAGAGUAAGGACAACCAGUUAGGAAAUGAUCACCAUCAUCUAAGCAAGAAGAGCAGAUCGCCUGAACUGUGGCAGGUUAUUGGUACAGUGAAAAGAGAAUGGUUUUAGUAGUCUACGUGUAGCUGUUCAUCAAAGAGGCUGGAGGAUAGGAUCUGAACAGCUUAGGCUUGUUUCUGCUCAACAGUCGCAAAAGCAGAUUGUAAAAUUCAAAGAGUAUAGUACUCUACCAAAGGAAUUGAGUGUUAUAAUGAGGUCACUUGGGCAGAACUCACAGCAGCUGUGUCCUAAGAUAUGAUUAAUGAGAUGGAUGUUGACAUAAUCACUACUGCUUUGUGUUUUUAAAUUUUCUUAUAAAUUUGGAUAUUAGCAAAAUAUUUCAAUAGUUAAAAAGACAGUUGUAUAUGAAGUACAAGUUCCUACUACAAAUCCUUUGCUUGCCAUUGGCUCUGUAGAAUUUCUGAUAAUGAUGGAAGAAAAAAAUGAAAAAAACCACCAAGAAAUUAGGAAAGCAUUCAGAUGUUUGAUAGGGGAAAGGUCUAACUGGUACAGCAAAACUUUAUCUUGUGAUGCCAAAUCUUAGAAAGAAGUUAAUAGUCCAAUGAAAGGAUCAGAGAAACAAAUUUGGACCAUGUUGGUCAAGUAAACCAUGAAGAAUUUCUACAAACCAUGGCUGCAAAAUGAAGAUGUUGUAGAGAAUGUGUUCAAUUUUUUGUACAGAAUUGUUUGUCUUUUCUCUGUGAGUUAUCUGUAAAAGGUCACCCCUCCUACCUAAAUUCUAAAUUUUGUGUAUAGGUAGUAAUUAAGACUUUGUUCCUCUUGUGCUCUCUUCACUUCAUGUUACUGUCUUUGUCUUGAUAUCUUAUUUUGGAAAAUUGAUAAAGUAAAUGUUGCUUUUGGCUUACUCUGCCUCUGUCAAAGCCCUUCUGUACAUCCAAACUUAGAUGGAGCCAGUCAAAUGAGGGAACAUCUGAGUUACACCUUUAUUUCCUUUUUUAACGUAGUCUGUCAAGAAGCAUUUAUUAAAUACUAUGUGGCAAGCACUGGGAAUAGCACCAUGCUAAAAAUAGUUUUAUUUAGGAGAUGUCAGUAUGUUGGAGUGUGGAGUUGUUACUGUAUAAACUGUGGACAAUCAACAAUAUAACCUACCUGUAUACUA